UGCUGUUACGCCAGCUAUCGACAGCACGCUGGAUCAAUCCACGCUUGCCCCUCAGAGCAGGAUUCAGCUCUGCCAGCGCCCAACCGACGGCAUUGCAUUCGGUUUCAUAGACCAGCCGGUUCCCGCGAUACUGGUCCUUACUGCAA